AUGGGCCUCGAGCCGAUUUCCUUCCACAUUCCACAAACGGCUCAGGACCCCGGAUCUCUGGAGAUGAGCGAGGCUCGCGGUCGAAUUCUCACUAUCACCAAAACUACACAUACAAAUCUCAAAGUCAAGAUCAAAGAAACAACUACGGGAGUCAUCAAAGAUACCAUGAUACCCGCAAGUUCAAUUACCGCAGCGGCCCUUAUCAGGGUGCCCGAUAUUCCAAUCACGAGCCAAGACUCCAACGGCCGAUUUCGCGGUGGCCGUUCCCGCGACAACAAUCAAUCCCUGUCGCCGCAACAGCAACCGCCAGUCCCAGUGACCUCGCUAUACUGCUCAGUCGACGGUUCUGAUCUUUUCGACGAAUCUAUGGAGCCCGUUGCUCCUACUUUGGGCUGUGAUGGCAUGUACUACGAUGCUGAUGGUGACCUCAUCAUCGAGGACGCACCCAAUGUCGACAUCGCGACCAUUGUGACUCAAGGCACUAUCGAGAUGGCCAAGAUCACUCAACGCCUCCUCGAGCAAAUUGCUACCUUCAGUUGA